AUGUGCAAGCUUAAUGAGCGUCGUCGGUCGUCCGACUUCCUCCUCUACUUGAGGCACCUGCGAGGUCGCAGCGAGCCGCCGGUCGGCGUGGGCGAUCCUUGUGCCGGUUGCAAUAAGCCGAUAUUGGACAAAUUUCUGCUGAAUGUCCUGGAGCGAGCCUGGCACGCGUCCUGUGUGCGCUGCUGCGAGUGCCUGCAGCCCCUGACAGACAAAUGCUUCAGCCGCGAGUCCAAGCUGUAUUGCCGCAACGAUUUCUUCAGACGUUACGGCACCAAGUGCAGCGGCUGCGGUCAAGGGAUUGCGCCCUCGGACCUGGUGCGUAAGCCGAGGGAUAAGGUGUUCCACUUGAACUGCUUCACAUGCUGCAUUUGCCGCAAGCAGCUGAGCACCGGCGAGCAGCUCUACGUGCUGGAUGACAAUAAGUUUAUCUGCAAGGACGACUAUCUGCUGGGCAAGGCGCCAUCCUGCGGCCACAACUCGCUGAGCGAUUCAUUAAUGGGCUCGGCGAGCGAAGACGAAGACGACGAUGAUCCGCCACAUUUGCGCGGACCGGCGCUGGGAUUGGGCGUGCUUGGACCGAAUGGGCCAGACUCAGCGGGUGGACCGUUGGGCACCUCGGAUAUAUCAGUACAAAGCAUGAGCACCGAUAGUAAAAAUACGCAUGACGAUUCCGAUCAGGGCUCCUUGGACGGUGAUCCCGAUGGACGCGGCGAUUCUCAGGCGGAGAACAAAAGUCCCGACGAUGCCAACGGCUCGAAGCGACGCGGACCCCGCACCACCAUCAAGGCCAAACAGCUGGAGGUACUGAAAACGGCAUUCAAUCAGACACCGAAACCGACACGCCAUAUUAGGGAGCAACUGGCCAAGGAGACGGGACUGCCCAUGCGCGUGAUACAGGUCUGGUUCCAGAACAAGCGAUCCAAGGAGCGUCGCAUGAAGCAAAUCACCAGCAUGGGCCGUCCGCCGUUCUUUGGCGGCGCGCGCAAGAUGCGCGGCUUUCCCAUGAAUCUCUCGCCGGGCGGGCUAGACGAUGGACCCGGCUUUCCCUACUUUGCUGCAGACGCUAAAUUCGAGUUCGGCUACGGCGGGCCCUUCCAUCCGCACGAUGGCCCAUUCUUUCCCGGCCAUCCCGGCGGACCGAUGCCCUUCAAUGCGCCAGGUGGACCAAUGGAUCACAGUGGUCCCAUACCGAUGGUGAACGAAUUUGGCCUGACGCCCGAGUCAACAUUUCUGAGUCAGGCGGGCGCACCGCCAAUGCAGCUGCAGACGGCUGUGGGGCCGCCGCCGCCGCCACCGCCAAAUGCCGCCGAGCACUUGCUGCAACAGGCGGCCGCGCAGCAGCAGCAGCAACAGCAGCAGCAGCAGCAACAACAGCAGCAGCAGCAGCAGGCGGCCCAGAAUGCGCAACAAGCAAGCCAAACGCAACAGCAGCAACAACAAAAUGGCCCGCGCACCGCAUCUCCAGAGUUCAUGAGCUCGGCGAACUUCAGCGAACCGCAGAAUAUGCAAAAUGAAGGGCUUGUUUGGUAAUAUACAAAACAGUUGGCAACGCGCCUGCUGUUUCUCAAGACCUACACGCAGCGGCAGCAGCAGCACCACCAACAACAA